CUCUCACCAGUCUUCCACCACCCUAACUCCACGACGACCACCAACCACCCUAUUCAAAAUGUCGUCCUCCUCUUCGCAACGCCCAGCGGCGUCACGAACUUACCCUCAAGACUAUAUUGCGCGCAUCCGUUACAACAAUGCCCUCCCCAUCCCGAUUGGCCCCCCGAAGCUUCUCGACGUGCCCAACUCCGCCUUCUCGCAGUACACCGAUACGUCGUUCGUCUCGCAACUCGCCCGUUCGGAGCCCCUCAACAUCGAGGUGGACUCGGAGCUCGGCAUGCCGUUAGACCUGGUGCACAUCCCGCGCGUCUUCGAGGGCGACGACUCGGUAUUACGUCCCAUGGAUCCUAUCCCGCCUGUCGAUCCGCGCGACCGCGCGCUUCUCCGGCCCGCGGCGUCCCUCGGAAAGCCCACCAACCGCACUGCGACCGGGGGUAGCAGUGUCUCCUUUCUACGUCGUACCGAGUACAUCUCGGCCGAGCAAUCACGGUCAUCGUUCAAAUCGACGACGUCGAGCCAGCUUGUCGCGAUCCCGUCGAAAUCGCGCCGCACGACGCAGCGACCGGAGGACACCGAUCCCGUGCGCAUCUUGGCUGCGGUGAUGAAGGGAUUCGACGUCGCGAACCCCAAUCCGGAUGUUCCGGAUGCGGCGCGACAGUACGCUUCCGGCGACAAGGCGGCCAUGAACGCGGAGCGCAACUGGAAGGAGCUGAAGCAUCCCAACAAGCCCGGCGUCAAGGCGCUCGAGACUUUCCCGCUGCUGCCUCAUCUCGAGGGGAUGAGCGAUACCGGCGGCUACAUGGUGUUCAAGUUCCAGACCGCGCCGACGGACGCCGAGCGCGACGGUCGCAGGGACGUCAGGAUCGACAUGAGUCUAUUCCAGCCGGUCGAGACGCACCACGACGACGAAACCCCGCCCGAGGAGCGCAGGGAGUGCUUCGACUUCUACAUUCCCGACACCACCACCACCGCCGGCGCCGUGAAGCGCAAGUUCUCGUACGAGGAAGACCUGGACGACGACGAAUUCCGCUACACGUACGUGCGCCGCUACGAAGCGAAGGAUACCCGCGGCGGGCACACCCAGUUCGACAUGCAGCCCGAGGAGGUCGCCAUGUGUCUGCGGGCCGGCGACGAGGACAGGCCCCGCGGCGCCUACUUCUACCCCAUCCUUGGACGAUACACCAUCCGUCCCAAGAGAAAGGCAAAGUUCCAAUUCGAUCUGAGCCAGCGGCGAGAAGAUGAGGGGGAGGAGGAGCUGGCCGCCGAGGCACUCAAACUGAAGAUUAGGGACCUGAUCCCAUCGGAGAAGAGGAGGAGAGAGGAGUAUGUUGCCCGCUAUGAGGGAGUGGAGCUACCGCCCGCUGGGCAGCAGACCCACCACGACGAGCAAGAUAACGACGAGGAUGAGGAUGCGCCUGGAGAGGAGGAGUAGUUGCAUGGCUUUAGCAGUGAUGGUUUGUUACGGAUGGCUGGGACGAGCAAUAUUAGGUUCUAUUCGGAUGCGAUGCGCGAUGUUCACGCCGUCGACUGAAUGACGGACUAAUAAUUAAUGUGGAGAUGACCCAUUUGUGACAUUCC